UUUUAUAUUGUGAAACUAAUAAAAGUUCAAGACGUAUAUCAUAGAGAUGGGUACCUUGGAAUUAAAACAAACUUUGAGUGGACAUAGGGGAAGGGUGUGGAAUGUUUGUUGGCAUCCUAAGGGCACUUGCCUUGCCUCUUGUGGCGAAGAUAAAACAAUUAUAAUAUGGGGUCCACAAGAUCCAAAAUGGGUUGUGAAAACUAUCCUUACCGAAGGACAUACUAGAACCAUUAGAGAAAUAGCCUGGUCUCCUUGUGGAAAUUAUAUAGCAUCUGCUAGUUUUGAUGCAACUACUGCUGUAUGGGAUAAAAAAUCUGGGCAAUUUGAAUGUAAUGCAACAUUAGAAGGACAUGAAAAUGAAGUGAAAAGUGUUAGUUGGUCUUGUAGUGGUCAGUUGUUAGCUACUUGUAGUCGUGAUAAAUCUGUUUGGAUAUGGGAAGUAAAUGAUGAUGAGUAUGAAUGUGCUGCUGUUAUUAAUGCUCACACACAAGAUGUGAAGAAGGUGAGGUGGCACCCUAGUGAAGAAGUUGUAGCAUCUGCUAGUUAUGACAAUAUAGUAAAAAUUUUCAAGGAAGAUAUAGUAGAUAAUGAUUGGACAUGUAUAGCAACAUUGUCAUCCCAUACAUCAACAGUUUGGAGUCUUGCAUGGGACAAAGUGGGUAAUCGAAUAGCAACUUGCAGUGAUGACCAAACAGUGAAAAUAUGGCAAGAGUUUAAACCUGGUAAUGAACCAGGAAUUGUUACAACAAACAAUGAAUCAGUUUGGAAGUGUGUGUGUACUAUAUCUGGUUAUCAUACAAGGACAAUUUAUGAUAUUGAUUGGUGCAAAACAACUGGAUUAUUAGUGACUGCAUGUGGUGACGAUAUUAUUAGAAUAUUUCAAGAGGAUAGUGACUCUGAUCCUCAACAGCCUACUUUUACAAUGGUCUGUUCAAUGGACACUGCUCAUACACAAGAUGUAAACUCUGUGCAAUGGAAUCCUAAUGUUCCUGGACAACUUGCAUCUGCUAGUGAUGAUGGUUUAGUGAAAAUUUGGUUUUAUAAUGAAUAA